CCCACCUGGGGUGUUAAUAUAUAUGCGACAGUAGGUGAGCAGACCUCCAGUUCCUGGUCCUGAGGAGUCAAUCCCACAGAGAUGUGGGCUCAACUCCUUCUAGGAAUACUGGCCCUAAUGCCAGCCAUCGCAGAGAAACUCCUCCCAAACUACCUGGUGACAUUACCAGCCCAGCUCAAGUUUCCCUCUUCUGAGAAGGUUUGUUUGGAUCUGAGCCCUGGGUACAGUGAUGUAAAAUUCACUAUUACUCUGGAGGCCAAGGACAAGACCCACACAUUGCUAGAACAAUCUGGACUGAAGACGAGACACUUACGUUGCGUGUCCUUUUUGGUACCACCUCCUGCUGGUGGCAGAGAAGAAGUGGCCACAGUCCGGGUGUCAGGAACUGGAAAAAACAUCAGCUUUGAGGAGAAGAAAAAGGUUCUAAUUCAGAGGCAGCAGAAUGGCAUCUUUAUACAAACUGACAAACCUGUCUACAACCCAGGGCAGCAAGUGCAUUUCCGCAUUGUCACCCUGACCAGCAACUUUGUUCCAGUGAAUGACCAGUACUCCAUGGUGGAACUGCAAGAUCCAAACAGCAAUAGAAUUGCCCAGUGGCUGAAUGUGGCGCCCAAGCAAGGCAUUGUAGACCUGUCCUUCCAGCUGGCACCAGAGGCGACGCUGGGCACCUACACAGUGGCAGUGGUCGAGGGCAAUACCUUUGGCACCUUCAGUGUGGAAGAAUAUGUGCUGCCUAAAUUUAAAGUGGAAGUGGUGGAACCCAAACAGUUAUCAGUGAUGGACGACUCUUUCUCAGUGAAAAUUUGUUGUAGGUACACCUACGGAAAGCCCAUGUUAGGGGCAGUGCAGGUGUCAGUGUGUCAAAAGGCGUAUAAUUUUGGGUUUCGAGAGCCAGAAUGGGAACGGCUAUCUGACAGAUGCAAGAACGUCUCUGGACAGACUGACAAAGCAGGAUGCUUCUCAUCUUCCGUGGACAUGUCCACCUUCAACCUUACUGGGUAUUUUUACAGCAACAACAUCAAUAUUGUGGCCACUGUGGUGGAGGAAGGGACAGGAGUGGAGGCCAAUACUACUCAGGAUAUCUACAUUUCUUCACAAAUGGGAUCAAUGACCUUUGAAGACACUGACAAUUUUUAUUACCCCAACUUCCCCUUCAGUGGGAAGAUAAGAGUCAGGGGCCACGAUGGUUCCCUCCUCAAGCAUCAUUCAGUGUUUCUGCUGAUUCACGGCAUAAAUGGAACCAUCAACCAGGUCCUAACUACUGACAAUGAUGGCCUCGCUCUCUUCAAGCUGGAUACGGUUAACUGGAAUGGGAGAUACGUUUCUUUGGAGGGCAGGUUCCAGCUGGAAGAUUUGGAGUAUAAUCCAAAACAAGUGCAUCGUUACUACCACAACGCCUACCUGUACCUGCACCCUUUCUACAACACAACUCGCAGCUUCCUUGGCAUCCGCCGGCUGAAUGGCGUCCUGGAGUGUGGCCAGCCCCAGGAAGUGCUGGUGGAUUAUUCCAUUGAUCCAGCUGACUUGGACCCUGACCAGGAAAUCAUCUUCUCCUACUAUUUAAUAGGAAAAGGGAGUCUGGAGAUGGAGGGGCAGAAACACCUGAACUCUAAGAAGAGAGGACUGAAAGGCUCCUUCUCUCUCUCACUGACCUUCAGUGCCAGACUAGCCCCUGACCCUUCCCUGCUGAUCUAUGCCGUUUUCCCCAGUGGAGGUGUUCUAGCUGACAAAACUCGCUUCUCAGUAGAGAUGUGCUUCGACAACCAGGUUUCGCUUGGCUUCUCACCUUCCCAGCAGCUUCCGGGAGCAGAUGUGGACCUGCAGCUGCAGGCAGCUCCCGGGUCCCUGUGUGCGGUCCGGGCAGUGGAUGAGAGUGUCUUGCUCCUUAGACCAGAGAGGGAGCUGAGCAACAGCUCCGUCUAUAGGAUGUUCCCGUUCUGGUACGGUCACUAUCCCUAUCAGGUGGCUGAAUAUGAUGAGUGUCCCGAGUCUGGCCCUUGGGACUUCCCACAGCCCCUCAUUGACCCAGUGCCCAAGGAGCCUCGGAGCGAGCGUUCUGUCAUGUGGAGGCCUUGGUUCUCUGAAGGCACAGACGUUUUUAGUUUUUUCCAGGACAUGGGCCUGAAAAUACUGUCCAAUGCCAAAAUCAAGAAGCCAGUAGUCUGCAAUCAUCUGCCUGAAAAAUACAGCAUUGCAAUGGGUGGAGGAGCGGAUGGUUCUCGUCCAAUGGCUUUUAAGCCAACUUCAUCACUUCAGUCAGAGCAUUCUCAGGUUCGCCAGUACUUCCCGGAGACUUGGCUCUGGGAUCUGUUUCCUAUUGAUGACUCGGGGAAGGAGGCGGUCCCCGUCACGGUUCCUGAUACCAUCACCACGUGGAAGGCCAUGACUUUUUGCACCUCCCAGGCCAGCGGCUUUGGUCUAUCACCCACUGUUGGACUGACUGCCUUCAAGCCAUUCUUUGUUGAUCUGACUCUCCCUUACUCAGUUGUGCGUGGAGAAUCUUUUCGUCUGACUGCCACCAUCUUCAAUUACCUAAAGGACUGCAUCAGGGUGCAGACUCACUUGGCUAAAUCAGAUGAGUACCGGGUGGAAUCACGGACUGACUCUGGGGCCUCCAGCUGUCUCUGUGCUGAUGAAGCAAAAUCCUAUCACUGGAAUAUCACAGCUAUCAAACUGGGUCAUGUGAACUUCACUAUCAGUACUAAGAUUCUGGACAGCAAUGAACUAUGUGGGGGCCAGAAGGGGUUUGUUCCAGAAAAGGGCAGGAGUGACACACUCAUCAAACCAGUUCUGGUCAAGCCUGAAGGGGUCCUUGUGGAGAAGACACACAGCUCACUGCUGUGCCCAAAAGGAAAAGCGGUGAAAGAAUCCAUCUCCCUGGAGGUCCCCGUGGAUGUUGUUCCCGAUUCAACCAAGGCUUAUGUUGCUGUUCUGGGAGACAUCAUGGGCACAGCCCUACAGAACCUAGACAACCUGGUGCAGAUGCCACAAGGCUGUGGGGAGCAGAACAUGGUCUUGUUCGCCCCCAUCAUCUACGUCCUGCAGUACCUGGAAAAGUCAGGGCUGCUGACUGAGGAAAUCAGGUCUCGGGCAGUGGGUUUCCUGGAGAUAGGGUACCAGAGGGAGCUAAUGUACAAACACAGCAAUGGCUCAUACAGUGCCUUCGGGGAGCAGGAUGGAAAUGGAAACACAUGGCUGACAGCCUUUGUCACCAAAUGUUUUGGCCAAGCUCAGAAAUUCAUCUUCAUUGAUGACAAGAACAUCCAGGACGCUCUCCAGUGGCUGGCGGGAAACCAGCUCCCCGGCGGCUGCUACGCCAGUGUUGGGAAGCUCCUUCACACAGCUAUGAAGGGUGGAGUUGAUGAUGUGGUCUCGCUGACUGCCUACAUCACAGCUGCACUGCUGGAGAUAGGAAAGACCAAAGACGAUCUGAUGGUGAGUCAAGGUCUGCAGUGUCUCAAGAAUUCUGUUUCCUCCACCACCAACCUCUACACACAGGCCCUCCUAGCUUAUACGUUCUCUCUGGCUGGGGAGAUGGACAUCAGAAACAUUCUUCUCGACAAGUUAGAUCAACAGGCUGUCAUCUCAGGAGAGUCCAUUCACUGGAGCCAGAAACCUACUUGGUCGUCGAAUGCCAGCCCUUGGUCUGAGCGUGAGGCUGUAGAUGUGGAGCUGACGGCCUAUGUGUUGUUGGCCUGGCUUAGCAAAGCCAGCCUGACUCAAAAGGAGAUAGCCAAGGCCACCGGCAUGGUGGCUUGGUUGGUCAAGCAGCGAAAUGCAUAUGGGGGCUUCUCUUCCACUCAGGAUACUGUUGUCGCUCUCCAAGCUCUUGCCAAAUAUGCCACGACUGCCUAUGUGCCGUCUGAGGGAGUCAACCUGGCAGUAAAAUCGGCUCAGAAUUUCCAGCACACUUUCAUCGUGCAGGCUGCCAACCGGCUGGUGCUUCAGCAGGAGACUCUGCCCAGUAUUCCUGGUGUGUACACCAUGGAGGCCUCAGGCCGCGGCUGUGUCUAUGUGCAGAUGGUGCUGAGAUACAAUAUUCUCCCUCCUAAAAGUGUGCAGGCCUUUAGUCUUAGUGUGGAAAUGGGGAAAGCUCGGUGUGAGCAGCGUACUUCACCUCGACGCUUGACUCUCACUGUCCAUACCAGUUACGUGGGGAGUCGCAGCUCUUCCAAUAUGGCCAUUGUGGAAGUAAAGAUGCUUUCCGGGUUCAGUCCCAUGGAGGGCACCAAACAGUUACUUCUCCAGCAACCACUGGUGAAGAAGGUUGAAUCUGGAACUGACACACUUAACAUCUACUUGGAAGAGCUCCGGAAGGAGACUCAGACCUAUACCUUCACCGUCAGCCAAGGCGUGUUGGUCACCAACCUCAAACCAGCAACCGUCAGAGUCUAUGACUACUACCUCCCAGAUGAACAGGCCACAGUUCAGUAUUCCGAUCCCUGUGAGUGAGAAGUUGGAAAGAGACUAAGUUCAUCCUCUACAACAUUACUGGACAGCAUUCUUCUGCCUCUUAAAGCAGCACUCAAUGUGAAUUCUCUUGUUAAAAAACAAAAUACAGCCGAGUAAAUGUGAAGCUGUGA